UGCUGGGGAUUGGGCGACGCAUACGCACUCGGGCUGUGCGUCUGGCCCUCCAGCGGCGCCAACGGCCGCGAUUCCUCGAGCUUGCGCUCCCGGGCGCGCCUCCUGCGCUUGUUCCUGCAGACGAGGAUGGCGAGGACGGUGCAGAAGACGAUGGUGACGAAGACGAUUACGAUGAUGACUAUGAAGACGACGCCGCUGACGGUGGUGCUGGGGUCCCUUCGUUCGAGGGCGGUCGCCGCUGCCGCGCGCCGUGGUAGUCGUGGUCGGUUCGGUGUGAGGUUCGCGAAGUCGAUUAUUGAGCCUGAGGUUAUGGCGAUGCCUGCGUGGGGAAUGGUGUUAGUAUUGCGCGUACCUUUUUUUGUAUUUCAGGGCGUUGCGUCUGCUGCUGGUGCUUUAUACUUACCAUGGUGGGAGAUCGAAGGCAUCUUUGCGAUAUGUAUUUUCCAAAAGGGGUUCAAUCUUUCACGAUGGAUUCCACAAUCGUCUACUGAGCUACUGCCUCGACUGUCCAAUUCAAUGUCCAGCCCGAGAAAAAUGUAAAGACAGACAGACAGACAAACAGAAAUCGUGU